CUUACUUCCUGGAUACGCGCUCAGAAAAACAGCCAGGUUGGAUUUGUUAUUAUCAUCUUACAACGAGUUUCCGUGGCUUAUACACUCAUCAAACACGAAACAUCCCGGCGAUAGAUGGUCGUUUAAUAUCACGAAAUCACCGAUGAUAACGUAAAAACAGUACAGAGAGGCGGAGGGCGCAGAAGUCGUAGCGAAAGAGCGCCACGUCAUUGAUCGGCGGAGGAGUCAGAAAAACACACCCGGAAUUUAGUCCGAGUCCCCGCUUUGGACGAGAAAGAUAAGACGGGUAUACUUCUCCGUUAGCCUUUAGUGUGCUGCUGUCACCGGGCUGUUUUGUUUUGUCUGGCCGAGGGUGGACCAGUCAGAUAGCGGUUCAAAAUGACGGCGUCCAACUCGGGUCUCAUCAUGAACGUGGUGAACAGCAUCGUCGGAGUCAGCGUGCUCACCAUGCCCUUCUGCUUCAAACAGUGUGGGAUCGUGCUGGGAACCAUACUGUUGUUCUUCUGUUCCUGGAUGACCCACAAAUCUUGCAUGUUCCUGGUCCACACGGCCAACAACACCAAACGCAGGACCUACGCUGGACUGGCCUUCCAUGCUUACGGGAAACCAGGAAAAACACUGGUGGAGACGAGUAUGAUUGGAUUGAUGUUGGGGACCUGUAUUGCCUUCUAUGUUGUCAUUGCUGAUUUGGGAUCAAAUUUCUUCGCUCAGCUGUUGGGUUUACAGGUGACUGGCAGUUUUCGCGUGCUGCUGCUGAUCGCCGUGUCUCUCUUCAUCGUGCUCCCGUUGAGUCUGCAGAGGAACAUGAUGUCCUCCAUCCAGUCCUUCUCCGCUAUGGCUCUCAUGUUCUACACCCUCUUCAUGUUCACGAUAGUGUUGUCGUCUCUCCGCUACGGCAUUAUCUCGGGCUCCUGGGUGGAGCGGGUUCACCUGUGGCGCUUCAAGGGCGUCAUUCAGUGCCUGCCCAUUAUCGCCACAACCUUCUGCUGUCACCCGCAGGUGCUGCCGACCUACGACAGCCUCGACGAGCCGUCCGUCAAACGCAUGAGCACCAUCUUCACCUCUGCCCUCAACGUAGUCACCAUCUUCUACAUCACUGUGGGGUUCUUUGGCUACGUCAGCUUCACAGAAAACAUUGCAGGCAACGUGCUGAUGAACUUCCCCUCCAACCUGGUGACAGAAAUGAUCCGUGUGGGCUUUAUGAUGUCUGUGGCUGUCGGGUUCCCAAUGAUGAUCUUGCCCUGCCGCCAGGCCAUCAACACCAUGCUUUUUGAGCAGCAGCAGAAGGAUGGGACGUUUGCUGCCGGGGGAUACAUGCCUCCUCUGCGCUUCAAGAUGAUCACCCUCUGCAUUGUGUUUGGCACCAUGCUGGGAGGCAUUCUCAUUCCCAACGUGGAAACCAUUCUGGGUCUGACUGGAGCCACCAUGGGCAGCCUCAUCUGCUUCAUCUGCCCCGCUCUCAUCUACAGGAAAAUCCAGAAGAAUGGCAUCAUCGCUCAGCUGGUGCUUUGGGUGGGUCUGGGCAUCCUGCUGGUCAGCACCUUUACCACUCUCUCAAUUUCGGCAAGUAGCCCUGGCACCAGGGUCCAACCCCCUUCUCCUGCAGCGGCUGACAAGAACAACCUGCUGCUACCAGACCCCCGUGAACUCAACGACAAUCCUCCGAACAAGAAGCCAGCGGAAAUAGAAAAGCCAGACCUCCCAGGUGUGGCGGUGGUACAACCUGUAGAGAGGGACCAGGCCGAGCCCCCCCAGAUCAAAGGACCAGUGGAGCUACCUAAGAGGAAGAAGGAGGAAGAGGUGCAGUUGGACCGUCCUGAUGCUGGUGUCGCGGUGCCAGAGGGAGAGGCCCAUCGCCAUGAACCUCCCAUCCCUCAUGAUGAGGUCAAGGUAGACACAAGAAAGGAGGAAGAGAAACAAAAUGUUGACGGAGGAGAGGAAGAACCCAAAAGAGAUGGAGAGCAUGUUUUAGGGCACGAUGCGAAGGUAGAUGACAGAAAAGACAAUAAGGUUGAAGAGAACCCAAAGCCUGCUGAGGCUGUUGUGGGGAAAGAGGAAGUGGAUUUGGGUGGAGGUGAAGUUCUGUCCAAUGAGGUGCUAGAGAACCAGGCAGCGCAAGCAGGCAAAAAGCAGGGAGUUCCCCCGCUAAAGGAAGUGGACAAGCUCGAUCCUGUGAAAGAUCCUCUGGCAGUGCAAGCGGUCGCGGUGGCCAAUCCGGCUGUGGUGGUGCAAGUCGAAAAAGCGGGCAAAGCUCCAGAUUCUGCAGGGAAACUUCAACUUCCUGAAGGAGAGCAUCGUCCUGCGGCAGAUGAGGCUCCAGCUGCAGACAGCAAAGACACGGGAGACGAAAAGAUGGAGGUGAUAAAAAAGUUGGUUGCAGAGGGCCAGCUCGACCACGCAGUGCUACUACAGGUGAUUAAGGAGCAACAAGAGCAACAGAAGAGACUUCUAGACCAGCAGGAAAAACUACUGGCUGUCAUAGAAGAGCAACACAAGGAAAUCCACCAGAAACAGCCUGCUGGCGCUGCUGAUGGUGAGGCAGAGAAAGGCGUCCAGGAGCACUUGGAGGGGAUGGAAGGUGGAGCACCCAAGCCCAAAGACUCUGGACUGGCCUCAGACCAGAAGCAGCACAAGGAGGCAGCUGGAGCCGGAGUUGGAGCUGGAGAAGGAGCCGGAGCCGAAGCUGGAGCUGGAGCUCCACAGGUUGGAGGGGUUGGGCCUCCCGCUGUGCCCCAGAAACAAGCUCUGGCUGUGGAUAAGGUUGCUGAAGCCGGGGAACCUAAAAUAGCUGUUCCAGCUGCUUACAAGGAGGAUGUCCAUGUUGCACCUGGAGGAGAAUCUCAUAAACAGAAUGAGCUGGGGGCGAGGGGGGUGCCACUGGGAAAGAAGAGACCCAACGACCACCAGCCUGUGCCUCAAAAUGAUCAGGCAGCUCAAGUUAAAGAUGAGGAAAAUGUUAAACAGAUAGAGAAAGCGGUUCAGGCAAUACUAAAAAAAGAGGAGCUAAAGGAAAAGAUGGCCAGAGAGCAGGAGUUGGAGAAUGAGAGGAUAGAGAAAGAAGUGCAGGCAAGGGUGGAGAAAGAACGACUGGAGAGGGAGAGAAAGGAUAAGCUGGCCAGAGAACAGGAGUUGGAGAGAGAGAGAGUAGAAAGAGAGAAACUCGCACAGCAGAAAGCUGAACAAGAGAGAUUCCAGCAGGAGAUGCAGAAAGUAGGCAAUGAAAUACAUGAGAGAGCGAGGAAAGAAAAGGAGGCAGAGGAGGCUCGAGAGAGGCUGGCCCAAAUGGAGCGAGCUAUAGAAGCCCAAAAAGCUGAAAAGGCUGCGCAGGGGGCUGAGAGAGAAGCCGGCGAAGCUUUGAAGAAAGGAGGACGAGACCUCAAAGAGAAAGUUGCUGCUCAGACAGACCCCAGAGAAGGUGUGGAAGACAGGGCUGUCAAAGCCGAUGCUCACCCCCAGGGCUCCCACGAGAAGGUCAGGGACCAGGGGGAUAUGGAUCUAAAGCGGAGGCGCAGGGCAGUGGGACCUAAAGAGGCUGGAGGCCCCCCAGAGGAGACCGGGGGGUCCAGGGGAGUGCCUGGGCUGGAGCCCCUGCUGGAGCUGGGGGGCUCAGACCUGCACGUGGCCCUGGAGGAGCAGCUAAUGGCCGGGGCUAUGGUGCACUCACGGCAGAUUAAACAGGCCUCAGAGGAUGAGCCAGCGAAAUAACACACAUCAGACACAUACACACACACACACACACAGAGUCUCAUUUAAUGGUCAGACAGCAAGUUCACACACAUUGUACACCUGCAGGACCUCCUUAUACUAUGGAUCAUGAUAUUGUUGCCUUACAUUCUCUUGCCUUCAAGGACAAAGAGGAACGUUUUCUCUUUCUUGAUACUGUGUACUCUGGAAAUAACCCAAAGUCUUUAUUAAAGAGCAAAGUGUAUGUAAAUAUUAACUUAUUUUUGUCUUGUGGCAGAAAAUUAUGGAUAUAGUUAUUGUUGAAAUGUAUAUAAAUCUAUGCAAAUAGCAUUAUAUGGAGUGUUUUGACAGGGCAAAAAAUAAUGUUUGUAUGCGAGUCACUUUAAUUCAUUUUUUUACUCACCUGCGGACUCUGCCUUUCUGCACGAUCGAUGUUUGUGCUUUAUUGUGUUGAGUUUUUGUUAAAAGUUCAGGACAGUUUGUGUGUUUCUUUUACUCUGAGAUGUAAAUAUUGUAAAUCUGAUAUGUCUAAUUGUGAUCAAUGUGUAGGAUCUCUUUGAACCUACAAUUACUAGAUAUUGGAUGUGAUUUGGAUUCAGGCCCUUUCAUAAGUGGUUUCUUUAUACUUUCAAAUGAAAGUCACUGAAUUCAACCUCAUGCUGGAGCUGCGAGGUGUACAGCGUAGCCUUACUGCUUGAUAAACUGGACCAUGAAGCAGCUUGAUCCAGACCAUCUGGAUCUACGACUGUAGUUAAUGAUCAUUCCUUCUUCAAUAUCUAUUCCUAGUUGAUUUAUUAGUGCCUUCUAAUCCAUAUGCUGCAGUAAUGAUUGUUUAUCAAAACAAAAUGUGGCAGUUUCUCAAUUUGUGGUCUUUUCUCUUGCACAAGACCCUCCUUACUGUAAACGCUACAGUAAUUUUAAUAUACAUGUACAUUGUGUUCAGGAAAUCUGGAUUAUGUUUGUAGUGAUUUUUAGUAAUCCAACUUUUCUUAGAUUUCCUCCAUCCGUUGGCACUUAAACACAUGUUGGACCUUAGCUUUGUACAAGAGGCUAUUUUUCUGACUAUUUUUCUAUGUGCAUUGUAUUUCUGGACAUUUUGGUGAUAAGAAUAAAUAAAAGAUAUAGUAUAA